UUUUUUUUUCAAAAUAUAAUCAUAUUUUCAGCGAAUUACAUUUUCUACUUAUUUCCCAGAGAUUCAUUUAGUUUAAAGUGAGAAAGUUUUUAAAUGUAUGUAAUAUUUUUGGGGGGCGAGUAUACCCUCCCAAAAACGUUCUAAUAUAGCAGAAAAGUCUUCAUUAUUAUUUUGUGGGCCACUGGGGGGCAGCAGAGGAUCGUCGUCACGGGGUUCGGGUGGCCGCGGCCCAUUGGUUAAGAUCGUCGCCUGCCUCCGUGGGGGGACGUAGUUGAAGACCCCGAGCGGACCACCCGCCGACAUCCCCCGGACUCACGGCUACGGUGUCCUUGAGCAAGGCACCGACACCGCGUGUGCGUGUUGACUGCGAUGGGGAAAAUGUAAAGAACCAAUUUCGCGUGCGUGCGUGUUCAUGACUCUUAACAGAUGAUGAUGAUGAUGAAUCUUCUUUUCCACGCCCACCUGAACCCGCGUUUGGCUCAAAUGGAUGCCCCUCCCCUUUUGAACAGCAAGUACACUCGAAGAAGAAAAGAAGGAAAAGGCCACUUCCGGUUGUAGUUGUCACUAACGAGGGGGCGUGGCCGGGUCUUGGCGCUUCUUCGCCUGGGGCGCAAAUGGCGGAGCGUCGACACGGGAGGGGGGGGGGGGGGGGGGGCUUUGUGUGAAAAAGAAAAGCCGAAGUGCCGAGUCAAAUAAAAGUCCGAGUAUCUUUUUGUGUCGUUUCUAUCCGAAAGAUAAGAAUAUAAGAAUGCAUAAGAAGAAGUGCUCGCUCGUGAUCACAUGACGAGGUUGCACUUUGGAAAGCGAUGACGUCUCAUUUCUCGGAGCGUUUUCGUUCCAAAUUCCAAUGACGGCAUAAAUAUAUUUCAUCUUCAAAUAGGUUUUUUGGGUUUUUUUUUUUUCAGUACUUUGAUGCAGUUGGAUUGUUUCGACGUCGGAAUAGUUGACAGUACUUGAAAGAUUGAAGAAUGCAAAGUGACUUGUUGAUUGGAAUAUUUGAUUGCGCGCCCUUCUAUUGUGAUUGUUGGAUUUUCGUGCACGUGACGAAAGCUCGACUUUGGUUGUGUUGAGGUUUUUUUUCUUCCUCCUCCUCCGUCGUCUUCGUCAUCCUGGCGUGUUUUGCGCAUGCGCGGCGCACCUCCGCCGAAUCUUGUCCAGGUGCGUCUCGCACGCACGCACGCACGCACGCACACGCACGCACGCUGUCUUUUUUGUUUUUUAUUUGUUUGUUUGUUCGUUAUUUUUUCUCUUUCUUUUUGAGUCGGCCAGCCGAAGUCGCUCGUGACUUUUUGCGAGGAUCCGAAGCGGCAACUCGGGAUGGUUUCGGCGUGAGCUUCGGCUUCGGCUUCGGCUUCGGGGGUCCUUCGGUCCCGCCGGGCGGCCGGUAUCGCCAUGUUGCAGCAGAAGCUCCUCGCGGGGGGCGUCAAGAAGUCUUUCUCCAUCGAGGCUCUGGUCGGGAAGCAGCAGCAGCAGCAGCAGCAGCAGCGGCCCGUCCGGAGCCGGAGCCGGAGCCGGAGCGCCUUCGACGAGCCCAUCCGGCCCACCGCGCUGCGCUUCCCGCCGCCCGCCGCAGCGACCCCGCUGACGCGGGACCCCGGCCUGCACUUGUUCGGCCGCCCCCAUCCCGGACUGAGCCUGCUGUACCCCCCCGCCUGGAUCCUGCACGACCACCGGCGAUACGUGCACGCGCACGCGCACGCAGGUGACGACGGCGGCGCGGAGAAUCUUCUGCCGCACGGCGCUUUCUCCCGCAAACCCAAACGGAUCCGCACGGCAUUUUCUCCGUCGCAGCUUCUGCGUCUGGAGCGAGCGUUCGACAAAAACCACUACGUCGUGGGAGCGGAGAGGAAACAGCUGGCGUCGGCGCUCUGCCUCACCGAGACGCAGGUGAAGGUGUGGUUCCAGAACCGCAGAACCAAACACAAACGGCAGAAGUUGGAGGAGGAAUCCCCCGAGGCGCAACACAAGCGCUCCAAAGCCAGCCAGCACGUGAGCAGAUGGCGAGCCGCCACGCAGCAGAACGCCGCCGCCGCCGAACACGUCGACGUCACCGGCGACGACUGAGCCCGCGCGGCGGACGCUAACCGAUGGAAACGCCCGCCCUACGUGGACGCCGUUCGUCUUUGUUUGUCGACUUGGACCUAAAUGAAGGAGACGGAACUUUCUUUCUUGACUUUCAAAUGUGCCAAAAAAAACAAAAACAAAAACAAAACAGGCGGCACGGUGGCCGACUGGUUAGAGCGUCAGCCUCACAGUUCUGAGGACCCGGGUUCAAUCCCUGGCCCCGCCUGUGUGGAGUUUGCAUGUUCUCCCCGUGCCUGCGUGGGUUUUCUCCGGGUACUCCGGUUUCCUCCCACAUCCCAAAAACAUGCAUUCAUUGGAGACUCUAAAUUGCCCGUAGGCAUGACUGUGAGUGCGAAUGGUUGUUUGUUCGUAUGUGCCCUGCGAUUGGCUGGCAACCAGUUCAGGGUGUACCCCGCCUCCUGCCCGAUGACAGCUGGGAUAGGCUCCAGCACGCCCGCGACCCUAGUGAGGAGAAGCGGCUCAGAAAAUGGAUGGAUGGAAAACAAAACACACUCUUGAACACGCGCUAACGUUAGCUUCUUAGCAUCACACACAACACUCACAAUUAGCACAAACACACACAGUCACACUCCGGCUCUUACACACACACAUGCACGCACACACACACACUCUGUGGCACUUCCAUCAAUAUUGAAGCAAAAGCGUUCAAAAAAACCAAAACAAAAACAAGGCUUGAUUGUGAUGAUGACGAUGAAGAACAACAACAAAUUCAUGUCCGAAAAAUCGACCAAUCGGGAAGUUGUGCUGAUGUUUGUUUGUUUGUUUGUUUUUGUCUCGUAAUGUGGCAGCACGUCGGACGAGUGGUUAGCACGUGCGCCUCCCACUCGCGAGGCCGACGGUUGCCCACGAACGAUAUCGAAAACGGGCGACGUUUGAGAGCGUCGCAAUCGUUCUCGUCUUCUUCUUCUUCCACGUCGACCUCAUCCUCCUCUCACGUAGCUCUUCAUCUUCCUCUCUUCUUCCUCCUCAAGUGAUGAUGUUGUCAUGCACUAAUAUGAUUAAUAACCACAAUAAUAAUGAUUACAAUAAAAAUUCUUUGAAGCGGU